GCUUUGUGAACCUACAGUCAUUAUGGCACUCAGCUGCGUUCAUAUCUGUUUGGUAUUGUUAUUAUAUACACAAGAAUCUUUCGUGUCAGGCCAAAUUACGGAGGAACAAAAGUCGUACCUAUUAAAGCUGCACAAUGACCUACGUGGUAACCUGUUGUUAUGCAAAGUACCUGGUCAGCCCCCAGUGAAGGGCGAAAUGCCGAUGCUGAAAUGGAACGACGCACUUGCAGGUACAGCCAAAAACUGGUCCACUAAAUGUACAUUCGGACAUGAUCAGAUGGCUGACAGGCUUGUUCCGCAGUUCUCCUCUGUUGGACAGAAUGUCGCAGCUGGCGGAAGCGUGCCACCUGCCGCUCAACUGUGGGUCGACGAAUACAAGGGCUACAAUCUGGUACAAAACACCUGCAAUAUCUCUUCCUGUGGGCAUUACACUCAGAUGGUAUGGGCCAAAACAACCGACAUCGGAUGCUCGGUAACAAAUUGCCAAGGCAAGCCGAACUUUGGCUUCACGCUGUUCAUUGUGUGCAAUUACGGGCCAAGCGGCAAUUUUGUUGGAGCAAGACCCUAUGAACCAGGCACCCAAGCAGAUUGUCGUUCUACAUUGCCAACAGAAUCUACAGAAAGCACAACUCCAACAAUACCGACAGGCAUUGCAGAAAGAAAGAGUGUUCCUUGGUUUUUAUUCAUGGCUCAUGCUUUGUGUUUCUUUGUCAUCUCCCGGCACAUGUAUCCAUUUUGACGCCAUUGAUCCGUAGAUCCUGCAAGGCUUAUUCAUGUUGAAUUAGAUCGGAUUUCUGUGUUCAAGUGUUCAUGUAACAACUACAUAUUUGACAGUACUUAACACUUUUUUUGCUAUGCACCUGUUAAGACGAUGACAACAUUACAUCCAGUAACUACAAAACCA